AUGGCGUACAUGGGACCGCAGACAAAAUGCCUUCUCGCAAUUGGCACAUUUUUUAACGUCUUAGCUGCUUUUGAAAUUACUGCUUCACAGUUGCAGACGUUGAACCAAGGAGUAUACAAAUUAAGAGCCAAGCGAAAUUGCCAAAUGGGAGAGUGCGGACCGAGUGACUACCUUCUGAUUUGCCGAAGAUGCCCAAUAUGUUGCUUAGAUGUCCCCCCGCCAACAACAAUUGCACCUUUGCCUUCGUCUCAGCAGGCAGUUCAAUGCUGUCCACCAUUACCAAUCCCUGUCUCGGUCCCUGUACCCUUAGUACGACCACAGCAGAAUAUUGUGCCAGCUCCACCCGCGUCAACACCAGAGCUUGUUUUAUGUUGCCAAAUGAGACCAGAGCCGGCUAAUCCGUGUUGUCAGGCUGCAGCUGCUGCAAGUUCCCAAACACCACCAGCAGCAUGUGUUUGUUCGGCUCCGAGACCAGUUCCUUGUCGAUGUGCUCCUCCUCCGCCAACUUCGUCACAAUCCGACGUUGAAUGUGCUCUUGCUGCUUGCCCUAUCUUUAUUGCACGAUGUCCCGUUUCGACAAGUGCUCCGCAGCCGGCGGUAUGCCAGAGAAGACGUUACAGAAGAGAUGCGCAUGAAUUAUUGGUACAGCGAAUUUCACAUAACAUUCCAUUUGAAAUGUGA